UCACGAGCUCAGCUAAUGUUUAAGCUAACCCUAAAUUUAAACCUAGCCUUAUGCUAGUUAGCGUCUCGGAAAAGUUUAAACUUAUCAAUGGUAUAGUUUCACCACAUCGGUCGGUUCGACAUGGACGAGCCGGACACCGCGGCGAUCCUCCCGGAGGACCUCCUCAGCGCCGCAUCGUUGGACGACCAGCCGCCGGACUCUGACGACGUCCAUGGCGGGGAGGCUGGUGUGCAGACCACCGGAGCUGCAGCGAGACCGGCGUGCCCGCCGCCGGUGUCCGUGGAGCCGGUGCUGUUCCUCUCCAUGUUCUCCGUGGCCCUCCAGGCACCUCUGUGCACCCAGUACCUGUGGGACCGCAUCAGCGAGGACCUGGGCUAUAACGGGUCCAAGAGUUCGGACUGCGUGAACAGUUCGGCUCCUCCGGACCCUCUCCAGAAGGAAGUGGAGACGUUGACCGCCCACUGGAACUUGUACAUCAAUCUGGGGGGCUUUUUGGUGGGAAUACUGGUGGUGCCUCUCCUGGGUUCGUGGAGUGAYGUCGCAGGUCGCAGACUCGUUCUGGUCCUCCCCAACCUCGGCCUGGCCCUGCAGGUGGUGGUCUACCUGGUGGUGAUGUACCUCCGGCUCCCUGUGGCCUACUUCUUAGUGGGCAGGCUGCUCAGCGGCCUCUCGGGAGACUUCAACGCCGUGCUGGCCGGCUGCUUCGCCUACGUGGCCGACGUCAGCGACAGGAGGUCCCGCACCUUCAGGGUGGCGGUUCUGGAAGCUUGUCUGGGUCUGUCGGGGAUGCUUGCUAGCAUCAUCGGAGGCCAGUGGAGGCGGGCACAAGGCUACAUCAACCCAUUCUGGCUGGUGCUAGCCACCAACCUGGCCUCAGCUCUGUACGCCUACCUGUUUGUCCGCGAGUCCGUCCACCCAGACCCAAGCGCCAAGCUGCUCACCACUCGCCACCAUAAAGCCGUGUGGCGCCUGUACUCAACGGGAGGCGGCAGCGAAGGGGUUGGGAGAUUCCACCGCUGCAAGCUGUGGCUCUACACGCUGUGCUUCUUYCUGGUGGUGACCGUUCACUUUGGCAGCAGGGACCUGUAUGUGUUGUACGAGCUGAGCUCGCCGCUCUGCUGGAGCUCCGCCCUCAUUGGCUACGGGUCAGCGGCGCUGCACCUGGCUUACCUGAGCAGCCUGCUGGGGCUGAAGCUCAUGCAGCGCUGCCUGGAGGACUCCUGGGUGGCUCUCGUGGGUCUGGCCUCAAAUAUAAUCGGGCUGGUGGUCUUUUCUGUAGCUGACAGCACUCAGCUCAUGUUCACAGGCUAUGGUCUGUGUUUCCUCUUCAUGGCUGCGACUCCCGUCCUCAGGUCCAAGCUGUCCAAGUUGGUGGACCCGUCUGAGCAAGGCGCCCUGUUUGCUUCUGUGGCCUGCGUGGAGAGCUCGUGUUACCUUGUGGGCAGCAGCCUCUUCAACUCACUCUACCCAGCAACUAGGCACUUCAUGAAGGGCUUCACUUUCCUGUUUGCUGCCAUCGUCCUCUUCAUCCCUGCUGGAAUCAUUGGGGUUCUGCAGUGUUUGGACCAGAGGAGAGCCCGCAGAGAGUCUGCAGCGUCCUGACUGAUUUAGAGAUUUGUUCCUGGUGUCAGUCAGACAGGCGAGCAGCUCGGACAUCGAGGAGCCCAGAACCGAUUUUUAUACCCACGGAUCAAGAAAGGGAUUCUUCCGCCCUGUGGCACAAGUACGAAGACUGAAAACAAACCUUUGUGACAUAUUUCACCUUUUUAUUUAAGAGACAUUUGAAUCAUAAAUGAGCAGAAUGAGAAUCUAAAAUCUGAGCCUGGUGUUAAUUUAAGCUUUAAAUAUGUUAAACUCAACUGUAAUAGCAGUACACACAAUACGCUGAUAACUAUGGAGUCUUUUUUUAUAUUCUGUCAUUGUAACUUAAAUGAUUUUUAAUACUUUAAAAUUGAAAGGCAAUGUUUGUUUAAAUGUUGCAUAAAACUGUUUUUUACUUGUAAUAUUUGAUUAUGUUUCCAAUAAAUGAGAGGAAACUUUUGUUUUCUUCUGACAAUGUG